AUGUCGACGAAUUCAAUGACAAUCGAUUCAGCUGCAGCAACAACAUUAGAUCCAACAGCAUUUCAUAUUGAUGCCGGUGGUUUUAUCAUUCCCAAACUAAUAACAACAAUACCAGGCGGUCAUCAUCCUUUACAUGAAAAGCUUGGCGCCUCAGCAAUCGAUUAUACGGCACCAAUGCCACCAACAGUUGCAACAUCAACCAGUUCAAUAAAUACAGCAACAAAUGCCGCUUAUAUGAAUCAAGUAAGAUUACAACUUCUUACUUCAAUAAAUACUGGUAAUUCGGUAUCUGCAAAUCCGAUAACUGCUCAAUCUACACCGAUUCCAUUUAAAUCAGCAACGUUGAAUGAUAAUAAUUCGUCGUCAUUGGGAACAACAUCGAACUCUACUGUAACUUCAUCAGUAUCUAGUUCCCAACAAAAUAAUGUUAAUCCUAAUGAUAGUAGUAAUAUAAAUAAUAGUUUUAAUCUAAAUAAUAUUAAAACUUUAUGGGGUAAAUCAGUUGGAAAUUCAACUUUAGCUGCCAUUAACUUAUGGGGUAUUCCGCCCCCGUUAACACCAACUUCAACAUCGACAUCACCACUACAAAAUUUUAGUAAUAGUGAUUCUCAGUUGCUAUUAACCCAAAUUCAACAACAACCACAACAACCACAACAACAAAACUCAAAUCAAAUAAUUCCACAAUCUUCAUUAAAUAACAAUGCAUCACAUACACCACCCAGUUCCUCAUCACCAAAAUCUACAUCCUCAUCUAUAAUAUCAUCGAUUUCGUCAUCAAUUAAUAAUACACCAUCACAACAAUAUCACAGUGCCGCUAACAGUAUUGGUAGUGGUUGUAGUAAAGAUUCAAUUUGGAUGUCAAAUCAAUCAUCACCUAAUAGGGAACAAAUAUUUUUUACGCCACCGCCAACACUAAUACCACAACAACAACAAUUGCAAAACCAGUCAAAUUUAAUGCAAUUAUCGCUACAACCAAAUUUAAAUGAUUUAAAUGCACAAUCAGCAAAAAUAAAUAUUAAUAAAUUGAUUGGCAGUGGUACAAUAUGGUCAGCUUUACCUGUUACAAAUGCAAAAUUACCACAUAACAGUUACAUUAAUGGUAAAAUACCAAAUUUGUGGGAUAAUGUUGCACAAACUAAAAAUAAUACUGCUAAUAGUAACAUUGCUCAACAACAAUCAUUGUUGUUGCAACAACAGCAACAGCAAUCAAAUUUACGCGGUACAUCUCAACAGUUUAUGCAACAACAACACCAACAAAAUUCAACAUAUACAACAACCAUAAAUGAUAACAAUAACAUUUUAACAAAUAAGCCACAAUUAUCAAGGGAAUUAUUCCCUUCCGUAACAAAAUUGGCUUCAAGUAAUCAUCAGAUUGAUUCAAUAUCAUCAGAAAAUAAUUCGUCUGAAACAUCAACAUCUUCAUCAUCAAAUUGCAUAAUUUAA